CUUGACUCGCGAUCAGCUUCCCGCGUGGUCAGGAUUCCGCGUCUGUCCGCGUCUCCGACUCCGCGCCGCGCGCCGCGCUUCCCAAACAUUCUGCAUUUUCUGCCGUUUCCGCUCCUUCUCUUUCUUUUUUUCGGCUGUGGCUUCUGUCCAGAGCCCCCGGCUAUUCCCUUGCACUCCGCCACAAGUGAAAGUCGUGCUUUACCCACCGUCGCGGAUGCCGGAAGAGUGACUAACCCCCGCUUACUCACCUGCCUUUGAGAGCGCCCGCCUUUUCGCCUUCGCGCGUCCCGUCUUGUGUCAUCGAAAUUCCCGGCAACUUUCCACGGAAUCGCCGACGAGCUUCGAGAGCUCUCUGCUUGGCUCCUCUCGCAAGGAUAAACAUUUUCGGCCAGGAGGGAAUAUUUUGCCGAUAUUGACCACUGUUUUAGAGAGGGAACAUCAUCGCGGGCUGACGCAGUUUCGAUCUGCUCCGACAACAAAGCUUUGGUAAAAGCGGGCAGCUUUUCACACUUACUACACGAUGCUAGACGGCGGUAAUUUAGAUGCCCGUGUCGGAUAGCGCCCAGGAUCACCGGCAGCCAGUCGAGGACCAUGAUUCGUCUUCAUUCGCCCAGGACCCACCUCACUCCCAGACUCUAUCUCCUCGUCCUCCUCUCCUGGAUCUGCCAUGAGGGGCUUGCGGUGGUGGACGGCGAGAGUGGUGCGGCAGGAGCUGAGCGGAGGGUGGUGUCGCGGGAGACGAACCCGAUCCGGUUCGUGCGGCUCGUGGUGCAGCGGCUCAUCUACGGGAUCGCCACCAUGAUCGGACUCCAAGACGCCGCCGAGGAGGUCGCCGACGGUGCCCUCGUCCCGCCUGGCGUCGACGACUACGGAUUCGGCCUGGACACCGACACCGGCAUCGCCGCCGACAACAAGGACUACGAGGACGACGACGACUACAAGGACGAUGACGAAGGCUACGACGACUACAUCUACUGAGUCCCUUCCAACUUGGACUUUUCACCUGGCUUUCGCUUUUUACUGCUCACACAUGGACGUGUUUCUAUCAAACAGAACUAUGUGCAGGUAAGUGUUGGGUGUGCUCUAGAGAGCUGGAUAAGAAGCAAUGUGGUCAGUGGGCGUGAUUCCUUUCGAAGAAUAGGAAAAGCGAGAUUUUAAAUUCAGCCAACAGGAACUAUGUGCCAACUGAAUG